UUCCGAUCACUUGUUACACGUUACUUUUUAAAGCACUUAUUCAGUUCAGUUUUUGAAUGUUAAUUAUGACAAAUGGUGAAUUGUACAAGUUUUCUACCAGGGUUGAUACGUCCAACAUCACAUUUAUAAACGAUAUUUGGAUUAUUGUAAGUACAGAUCAAGUUAUAAUAAAAACAUCUGCAGUCUUUCCCGUGGUGUUAUGGGGUAUAUUUGGAAAUAUUCUUCUAUUGUACGCAAUUGUCACACGUCCCAAUAUGAGAACGCCAACAUGUCUUUUGAUUGGAAAUAUGGCCCUUGCGGAUCUAAUAUUUUCUACAUUCUUUCCAGCUGUUUUUCUCGUAUACGACUUUUUUCAAAAUUAUCAACUGGGUAAUUUUGGGUGUAAAGUGGAAGGGGCAUUUGAGUGCACUGUUUUGCUUGCAAGUGUGAUGAGUUUAUUAACGAUUAGUUAUGAUAGACUGACGGUAAUUGUUUUACCUGAAGAAACAAGAUUGACGCCUAAAACAACAAAUAUUUUGCUGGCUUUAAGUUGGAUUUUCGGUUUAAUUCUGGCAAGCCCGCUGUUUGUUUUUAGAGAAUACAGGGAACGACAAUGGAAAAAUUUCUUGGAAAAGUACUGCACUGAAGAUACUGUUGCAUUGAACAUUUAUUGGCAUGUCAUAAUUACAAUGUUAGUAUGGUUACCUUUAUUAAUUAUGCUCAUCUGUUAUAUCUCAAUAUAUGUAAAGUUACAUCGUUAUCAAAUGAAAUCACAAAGUUUACAUGCUAUCAAAUACAAAAAGACGGCUGCCAAAAUGAUAUGUUUCGUUGUGGUGACGUUUAUGAUUUGUCGUACGCCGUUUACAGCUCUUAUAUUCUACAGGAACUAUCUGUUGAAACAGCGAACACUUUCAGGAAGCAGUAGCGUUCAAAAUCAAGCCAGUGGUACAUUCUAUGUAAUGUGGUUUACAUCAAAAUAUUUAAUAUGUUUAAAUGCAGCAAUUAAUCCGAUUAUAUAUGGACUAAUGAAUGACAAAUUUAAGAAAGCCCUUAAGGAAACCUUUCUUUUUAAAUGCAUCAGAUCGUUAACGACAAACAAAAAACAUGAAUGUGGAGAUACAACAAAAAAGAAUGUAGACAACAACAAUAAGUCUACAUUAAAACAAUAG